AUGCUGCUGCGCAUAUUAAAGAUGCUAUUGGGAGGUGCUGCUACUACAGCAGGUGCUGCAAUGCUAGCUUUGUACUUAUACCAGAAUAGAUUGGUAUAUCCUUCUUGGGCUCAAGGAGCUCGUGAUUUUGUCGAUACUCCAGAUAAAUACGGACUUCCCUUUGAGGAAGUUCAUCUGAAGACUGCAGAUGGUGUAGAGAUUCGGGCUUUUGAUAUAAGACAGAAAAACUCUAACGUUACUUGGCUUAUUCUAUGUCCCAAUGCCGGAAAUAUGGGCUACUUUUUGUCUGCAGUAGAACUGAUUUAUCGUCGGUUCAAUUCCAGCGUUUUCAUUUAUUCGUACCGUGGAUAUGGGUUUUCCGAGGGCUCGCCAUCUGAACAGGGCCUUAAGCACGAUGCAGACGCCGUCAUGUCUUUCUUGCAACAGGAUUCUUUUUAUAAAACUCAAAAAUUGAUACUAUACGGUCGGUCUCUAGGUGGUGCUAAUGCAGUCUAUAUUGCAGAAAAGUUCCCGCAACUGUGCGAUGGUGUCAUCCUGGAAAAUACUUUUCUAAGCAUUCCUAAGGUAAUUCCACAUGUGUUUCCUUGGCUAAGUCCUUUUUCAUUCUUAUGUCACGAAAAAUGGGACUCUGAAAACGACAUCAAGCGUGUCGAUCCAACUAUACCGUGGCUUUUCUUGUCCGGUCAGAAAGACGAGAUUGUACCACCGCAGCACAUGGCGCGGCUCCACAAUAUUUGCCCCAGCGAACGAAAAAGCAUUGUGGAGUUUCCGCGUGGUUUCCACAACGACACCAUUAUUCAAGAAGGCUAUUGGGAAUGUGUAGAAAAGUUUCUAUCAGACUAUAUAUGA